AUGUCUGAUCCUCCUUAUGGAAAAGAUAUGUGCAACUACUGUAUGAAAGUGUUUGGACGGGAUAAUCUGCGCACCUGUGCUCAGUGCCGGUUCGUCAGAUAUUGCUCAAGAGGAUGUCAACGCGCCGCUUGGUCUGCCCAUAAAAAAUCUUGCAAGACUACAAAAGACCUCCGCGAGGUCACGGAAAGUGACAGAGACAUACACAUCGCUAACGAAAAACUUUCGAAAUGGAUGAAUACAUGGAGAAUGUCCUUGACCAGCUGGUCUCUAUGGGCUCUAUCACCAAAUGCGUCGGAAAAAGAUAAACUUGCCACACACUGCUUUGUACUCCAUCUGGAUCACCGCCCAGAUGCACCCUCACCAGCUCAAUUAUUUAGAGCAAAAGAAUUAGAUGACAUUGAUAGAAUGAUAAUGGAUGGUGUUCCCCGUGCUUUCCAAGCUUCAGUGGAAGCAGGUAACAGUUAUCCAAAAAUGACAGUUACCGGUCACAAACAAUAUCUUCCCUUCAUCGCAUACUCGAUGGCUCGAGCCAAAGCAGAGGCCAGUCCUGAUGCACAGGACGACUCUUGA